AUGGAGGACCAGUUGGUGCAGCUCUUGUCCAACACGCAGCUGCCAGACCAAGGCCCUAGGCAGCAGGCCGAAAUCGAGCUCAAGCGCGCACGAACGAAUCCCGCCUUUCCCCUGUCUCUCGCCAACAUCGCCGCACACACCUCGAUUGAGACAAACAUUCGUCAGGCUGCCCUUACCAACCUGCGACUUUUCAUCGAAAACAACUGGAGUAACGACGAGGUUGACGAUGAGCCUCAGAUCCCUAUCUCCGACGAGGCCAGGGGCCAGCUCAAGCAGGUCCUGCUCGACCUUGUUUUGAGCCAGGAUAGUGACCGUAAAGUCAAGAUCUCUGCCAGUUAUGCUGUUGGAAAAAUCGCUGUCCACGACUUCCCCGACCAAUGGCCAACCCUGCUUCCUACGAUCCUUUCCGUCGUCCCAGCUGGAACCGAUGCCCAGCUUCAUGGCGCCUUGAGGCUGCUUAGCGAUAUAAUCGAAGAGAGCUUGAGCGAGGAUCAGUUCUUCUCCAUGGUUCAAGAUAUCACCAAGGCCCUGGCCGAAGUCGCCCUCAACGAGAAUCGAAAACCGAUGCACCGAGCACUUGCUAUUUCUAUUUUCCGGGGAUGCUUCGACCUCUUGAACAUGAUCAAGGAGGACCACGCUAAGGAGGUUCGCGCCUUUGCGGAUGGCCUUCUGCAACAAUGGAACCCUUUCUUCAUUACCGUGCUGAAGAGCUCACUCCCCGAGGCCAACCUAGAGAGUGGUACUCAGCCCGAAUCCUGGAGCAACAUUAUCGCACUCAAGCUUCAGGUCGUCAAGACGCUCCUUAGAAUCAGACGCAGCUUCCCCAACCUGCUGCUCCCUCAAAGUACCAUCUUCUUCAGUGCAGUCUGGGAGGAGCUUUCCACUUUGCAAGGUUCCCACGAGCAGCUUUAUAUCAAGCAGGACACCCAAGGACGUCUUGAGGAUUCGGACAAUCUCCCAUACACCUUGGACUUCCUUAUCCUUGAGGAGUUAGACUUCCUGAACCAGUGUUUUAGGGCGCCACCCGUCCAGGCUGAGCUGGACGGUCACCUCAAUGCUUCCCCAUCUGCUCAAGACGUGCCUUGGAUGAAAGAGAUCAUGAACAUGCUCAUUGGCUACUCGCGGGUCACUCGGGAAGAGGAAGAACUGUGGGAUAUUGAUUGUUCCCUGUAUCUUGCCGAGGAGACUUCCGUGACCGCCAACUACACUGCACGAACUGCUGCUGGCGACCUGUUGAUCAAGAUGGGUGAAUGGUUCGACCAAAAGACGAUUGAUGGCCUAUUUGGUCAAACGCAACCUCUCUUCGGUAGCAAGGGUUCCAACUGGCGCAACCAGGAAGCCGCACUUUACCUCUUUGUCAUGUUGGUUAGCGACUUUCAGGACAUGUCUAAGCCCAUUCCCGACGCUGUCGCCCAUGCUUAUCUUGCGCUGGUCGAUUACGCUAUCAACCGACCUGAUGAACCUUUACUCCGCGCCAGAGGCUACCUGGUGGCUGGCGUCCUUUGCCGCUCUUUCCAGACCCCUGUUGAGUUGCUGGACCGUAUCAUCACAUCCAUCACUCAAGAAGAGUCUGAGGUGGUCCAGGUUGCCUGUAUUAAGGCUAUCGAGGGCUUGAUUAAUGCUGGCUGCGUAUCGCAGGAUAGGCAGGUUGCCAUCAUCAACGCCAUUCAAAGCUACAUGAACGGCAAAGACCCGAGUGAUAUGGAAGAUGCAGACGAACUUCUCGUCACGCUUGCUGAAUCUCUUCGCGCCGCCAUCACAAUAGACACGCGUAUCGCUCUCUCCAAUGAUGUCCAGUCCGUUGAUCUGCUGUUCUUGCUGGCCAAGCUUGGUGCAAGCAACUUCCAAGUCACAAUGUUGAUUUCCGAAGCCUUCGAGGAGAUUGUUGCUGCUCUUUCAGACACCGAGUCUUACACUGCUCUCUGCGGAAAACUUCUGCCCACUCUUACUGGUGCUUUUGACGUCGCAAAUCUCACUGAGGAUAACCCUCUGGUCACUGUUGCCACUGAGCUGCUGGCUGUCUUGGCCGAGAACGGUCCUGAGCCACUGCCCGCAGGCUUUGUUGCAGCUGCUUUGCCCAAAUUGAACCGCCUCCUGAUGGAAUCUACUGAGGGUGAGGUUCUACGACCAGGAUCCGAGGUUGUCAAGUGGAUGCUCCAGCACGACCACCAGCAGGUUCUCGCCUGGCAAGAUGCCAGUGGCCGUUCCGGUCUGGAAGUCUGUCUCCACAUCAUCGACCGACUUCUGGGUCCUUCUAUUGAGGACAACUCGGCCUCUGAGGUUGGUGGCUUGGCUGCUGAGCUCGUUGAGAAGGCUGGCCAGGAGCGUCUUGGUCCUUUCCUACCCCAGCUUCUCCAAGCUGUCGCUAACCGACUCGCUUCCGCCCAAGCCGCGGCCUUUAUCCAAUCCCUUAUUCUUGUCUUUGCCCGUCUCACACUCUCUGGUGCUCAGGACGUUGUUGAGUUCCUGAGCCAGAUUCAGAUCAACGGCGAGAGUGGUUUACAGGUUGUCCUCGCCAAGUGGCUGGAGAACUCGGUCAACUUUGCUGGAUAUGACGAGAUCCGCCAGAAUGUGAUUGCUCUUUCGAAGCUGUACUCACUCAACGAUCCCCGCCUCGCUCAAACACAAGUCAAGGGUGACUUAAUUGUCAGCAACGACGAUGGCCUGAUCAAGACACGCUCACGAGCGAAGCAGAGUAUGUAUCCAGCCAUUCACGACUCUUCAACCACCGACUCCAUUCUUAACACCUUCCACGCCCAAUAUAUCGCAGCUCAAGACACUAAUCAACCCAACCUCACAUCAGACCCCGACCAGUAUACCGUUAUUCCCGCUUCUCUUAAGAUCAUCAAGGUUCUUAUUGAAGAGCUCCUGUCUGCGUCUGGCCAAAGGGCUGCUGCAAAUGCGGCAGCAGCUGCUGUGGCCUCUGCUAGCUUCGAUGACGAGAACGACGAGGAGGGCUGGGAGGAUGAUGAUGAUACUCUUGACCUGAGCCUAGGAACCACCAAGUCUGACCUGAUGUCCUUCAUGGAAGGCGGCCAGCGCCAGCGAGACGACGAGACCCAAGCUUACCUGACAGACUUCUUCUUCCGCUGUGGCCGGGAGAACAUUGCCAACUUCCAGGAGUGGUAUAACAUGUUGACAGAAGAAGAGAAGACGAAGCUCAACGAGGUUGCGGCGGGACAGUAG